GUCUCCGGUUAUGCUCUGUUGCUGACUAGGAAGCCAUCCCUUCGCGGGGCCCGCAUCCAUCUCAACCGACAGGGCAGACGACAGCCUCAAAAUCUCUUUUUCUAUGUCCACCUUCCUCUCCACCGCCACCACCACCACCACCGCUUCUCCAAAUCCAGGAGCCGUAACCCUUCUCCCGGCCUCCGCCUCGUAUCGCCCCGCCGCCGCCAGCCCUCUCUUCCGCCGGAUUCGGAAAUCUGACAUUCUCUUCCCCCGGCCAAAUCGACGGUCCUAAAGAGAGGGAGGGUUCAGCGAAAGAUUUGUUUUUAAUUUGUAACUGACAUGGGCAUUACGAGCGAGGACGUCGUCCUGAUCCAGCCGGCGAAGACCCCCGACGACCCCACCGUCGUCACCGUCAAUUGCCCAGAUAAAGCGGGUCUCGGCUGUGAUAUCUGCCGCAUAAUUCUGGAUUUCGGCCUUCAAAUUAAUCGAGCAGAUUUCUCGACGGACGGGAGAUGGUGUUAUAUGGUGUUCUGGGUGGCGCCAUACUCGAGCUCGCAUCGAGUUGAUUGGGAUAGCUUGAAGAAUCGGGUCUACUAUGAAACCCCUUCCUGCUUGGGUCCUUACUAUUUUGGAAAGAAGUCAAAUGGUCCCUCAUCUUUGUACCUUUUGAAGAUCUUUUGUGCUGACAGAAAAGGAUUGCUCCAUGAUGUGACAAAAGUUCUUACGGAGCUUGAGUUGACGAUCCAGAGAGUGAAAGUUACGACGACUCCGGACAAUCGAGUUGUGGACUUGUUUCUGAUCACAGACACCUUAGAGCUUUUGCAUACCAAACAAAGGCAAGAUGAUACGUGCAGAUAUUUGGUCGAUGUGUUUAAAGACAACUGUGUCGACUGUGAGCUGCAAGUGGCAGGGCCCGAGUAUGAAACCCUACGGGCUUUCUCGUCCAUCCCAGAGGCCGUUGCAGAAGAGCUGUUUGGUCCUGAUCUCUUUGAAACGGAUUCAGGUGAACAAAAGGGUGAAAAGAGAGAGAAGGCCACCAUUACAGUUGAUAAUCAGUUGAGUCCUGCUCAUACAUUGCUCCAAAUAGAGUGUGUUGAUCAGAAAGGCCUCUUUUAUGACAUCUUGAGGGCUUCAAAGGAAUGCAAUAUAUGGGUAGCUUAUGGUAGAUUCGCUCAAAGCAAUAAAGGAAUUCGGAAUGCAGAUUUGAUCAUUCAGCAAACAAACGGGAAGAAGAUUGUGGAUCCUAAGCAUCUCGAUAUCUUGUGCACUCGUUUAAAGCUGGCGAUUGUUCAUCCGCUUCGGGUGAUCAUUGUUAGCCGAGGUCCAGAUACCGAGCUUUUGGUUGCCAACCCGGUCGAAUUAUCUGGUAAGGGAAGACCGCGUGUUUUCUAUGACGUUACAUCAGCUCUAAGAAAGUCUGGAAUAUGCAUAUUCUCGGCUGAAAUAGGAAGGCACUCCACCCAGGAUCAUGAGUGGGAAGUUUACAGAUUUCUCUUGGAUGAGAGCUGUGAGUUCCCGCUGUCAAGCCCUGAAUCCAGAAGCAAGGUAGUGAACAGAGUCAGGAAAGCACUAAUGGGAUGGUAGGAACAACGCGAACUUCCAUGGCCCGGUAACCGAUUCCAAUUCUGAGCUGAUCGAGGUCGUAGUACAAAACUACGAAUGCCAUCCGAGAUCAACUGGCUCUCUUCCUUCGAAAUAACUCACACUGGAUAUGUCAACCCAAAGCCCUUGUUGUAAUACUUAGCAGGCAAUUCAUCCUUUUCUUCAGGUGAGGAUUGUACAUAUUUGUUGUUGAGGCCACAGUAAUAACCCGUUUCAGGCCAUAUCUAUAUAUGUAUCAUUUGUGUAUGUAUAUUUCAAGAUGGGUAGUCUCGAUUUUCUUGGUUAUGGCGGAGGACAUAACCAGAUGAACGUCGUCAUCUUCUCUAUAUACAGUGUGCUAACCAAACACUGUCAUCCCUGCCAGAAAACAUCUCCACGAUUACCACCAUCCGAUUCUUCCCAUAAGCUCCACCGACCCUCUUAGAGUGAGGAUGUAUAUGUUUCUUUCUUCUCUAUGCUGCACAUUGUUGUUAUUCUGUUCUAUUCUUUGUUUUUUACUCUGUUUUUCUCCUUCCUUACUCUGUUCCAUUCUUUGUUUUUUACUCUGUUUUUCUUCUUCCUUACUCUGUUCUAUUGCCGGUCAAGGGUACCUAUCAAUAGCUGUCUCGUAAUAUGGCCGUUUCUCACUCUGUUCGAAUAUAAUAAAUGACUGUCG